AUGGAAAAAUGCCGUCUGAAUGCUACCAACGCCACCACCACCGGAAACAGCCAGAUCUUACCCACCUGCAUCCCCAACCAGCAGAACCUCGUGAUCUCUGAUUUCACGUCAAGAUACGCGACUUACCUCAACGACACAGGGUUCUCCGCCAUCGGGGUUGGUUCUGAAGAUGACUGGUUAGUCGUGCUCCUCACCAACAUGACUGGCACUGCCAUCAACAGCAACGGGGCUUCUGGCCUUGCCCUCACCGCCAUAAGCCCUGUCGUGCUUUCACUCAUCUCCCUUUUCAUGUUAGUUUAA